GAUUAAAAAUAUAUAACUUUAUUUAAAGUCCCAUCCUGGGUGUUCACAGGACAGGCUCCAGAUCUGCUGCAACCCUGACCAAGAUAAAGCGGUUAAUGAUGUUAAAUAAAUGAAUGAGCUUCACACACAUUUUGUUCACUGUUAUAAUUACUUAAAGAACUUAGAUCAGAUCACAAUGCCUUCUGGGCUCAUUCCACUACUGAAGUCUAAAGACAUGUUGAGAUAAUACAGUAACGUAACAAUCAUUAAGAUGGAGAUAGUGAUUGUCCCAAAGGAAAAUGGUCAGGGGAAGUCGAUAAGGGCAUGUUCAAAACAGUCUGAGAACGUAGGCUUGGAUGAAAUGCAAAUACAGUGACAUCUACUGGAGACUAGGAAUUAAUACAGUGAUUACACACCUGGGCAUGUCAUUCAGUGAGCCAACACAAAGAUGGUGGAUUCUCCUAAAAGCACAAACGAAAACAGUAUUUCCGGUCUAUGUGACUCUCCUACUGUUGAGCAGCUGGAGGAAAUCCUGCACGGAGGUCAGUUAUCAUGUAACCAUGUUGAUGAAGUGUGGCCCAGUCUGUUUCUGGGAGACAUGUACAUGUCUCAUGACAGAUAUGGCCUCUGGAGACUUGGUAUUACUCAUGUUCUGAAUGCUGCUCAUGGGAAAAUGUGUUGCAAGGGUAGUGAUGAUUUCUAUGGUACCACAGUGCAAUACUAUGGUGUAGCAGCUAAUGACCUGCCUACAUUUGAUAUUUCACCUUUCUUCUACCCUUCUGCACAGUAUAUUCAUCAGGCUCUCAGCACUCCCAGAGCCAAAGUCUUUGUGCACUGUGCUGUUGGUGUAAGUCGUUCUGCUGCCCUGGUCUUGGCUUAUUUAAUGAUCUAUCACAACUACACCUUAGUGGAUGCUAUCCUGAAAGUUAAAGAGAAGAGGUGGAUUUUUCCAAAUCGAGGAUUUCUCCAGCAUCUUAUAAAUCUGGAUUCUGAACUAAAGAGUGAAUCUCAACGUGACUGUCCUGUGCAUGGAGAAAACAUUCAGAGAGAGAUGACAUCACAGAAACAUAAACAAGGACUGGCUGAAAUCAGAUCGCUGGAGAAUAUUCUGGACGGAUGCAAACUUGAGCUCAGCGCUGUCGAUGAAGUCUGGCCGAACUUGUACAUCGGCAAUGUAGCUUUCGCUCAAAACAGAAGUGCUUUAAAGAAGCUGGGCAUCACCCACAUCCUGAACGCAGCCCAUGCCAAACAGGGCAGUAUAGGAGACGAGAGUUAUUACGGUACUGAGUUUGUUUAUCACGGUAUACCAGCGGAAGACUCAGGCAAGUUUGACAUCAGCGUGCACUUCCGGUCAGCAUCCGACUUUAUUCACAAAGCCCUCAAGAAGAAAAACGGAAAAGUGCUUGUGCAUUGCAUUAUGGGAGUGAGCCGCUCAUCUACUUUAGUCUUGUCCUACUUAAUGUUACAUCAGCGUCUCACUCUCCGUGCUGCCAUCCAACAAGUCAUCCAGAGGAGACCGAUUUACCCUAACAGGAACUUUCUGGGCCUCCUGCUUGAGCUUGACACACAACUGCUGAGAAAACGAAUGAUCUGUCCAAUUCUCUGACAGCAUAACACUGUCACAAACUUUACAAUGUGUGUUGUGACAAAGACUAUUCUUUUAAAAUUGUUUUUUAGUAAAAUAAAUAAAUAAUAAUUCCUAUAUUAUGUAUAAAUAGGAUUACUACGAUUUUUAAAUAUCUAAAUGAAAAUCCAUGUGGAUAUGUACAUAUACUUGUAUGUGUACAUGUAUACUUACAUACAUAUGUGUGCAGUACAUGUUUUAUAUAUUUCUCAUCUCCUUGCAUGUGAAUCUAAAAAAAACAAACAGGCUGGAUAUUUCAGUACAUGACAACACAGCCAUGACCACUGACCAGGUCUUAUUCUUAACAGCAGUUAUAUUUAUAGCAGAACAGAUGUAAUGGAGCAAUGACCUGUGUGUCCCUGUAAUUCCUGGAUCAUGAUCCUCUCUGCCAUCUAAUCUUCAAACCCACCAAUAGAAAUAAUCAAUUUGAAAAAAUAGGUGAAAUGAAGAGUACCUUCAGACUGGCUGGCAACGGUCUGGGAUGUUAAGACUACAGCUCCCCUGUUUAAGCGCCAACUGUGGAAUUGUGCAUUCUGCUUCCUGAUGAGGAGAUGUUCGAACCAUCUUCAGUAACUACUUUUAUCCUGGUCUGAGAUGGAUCUGGAGUCUAUCCUGGGAACACUGGGCAUGAGGACAUGAUGCAGGAAUACACUCCAUAUAGGAGGCCAGUCCACCACAGAGUGACACACGCAUAUUCAUAAAUAGGGGCAAUUUGGAAAAACUCACUGAAAAAUUCACUUUAUUGGCAUGUUUUUUUGGAGAAACCCAGAAGAAACAUACAUGGACAUAGGGAGAACAUGCAUAGAAACUUUAAACCGAGCUCAGGAUCAAACUGAGGACCCUGGAGCUGUGAGGAGAAGAUAAGGCUGAUCAGUGUGUUCACAAGACGUCCUUAUUCGAGAGAGGUAGAUUUUAUUCAAGCAUGUACAAUGAACACUAAAUUAUUAGCGACAGGCUGUGGUGGUAAAGCAUGACAAAAUAAAGUCAUUAUAUACAUUAUACAUCAUCAUGCACAUCGUUAAGGACAUAUACAUUGUGGUUGUGUAAUUAUCCUCAAUUUAUUUAUAUGCCAUUACUCGGAUCAUUAGGGAUUCUAAAACAGCGGUAUUCAAUCUUCUCUGCAAAGAGCCGUUGUGGCUCCAAGCUUUCAUUCGAACCAAAUAGGAUUCUCAAAAUAGUCAUUUGAGGACCAAGCUCAACUGAUUAAACGGGUGGAACCAGGAGUGUUUCUGCUUUUUUGAAAGGAAACCUUGAGUCACACCGUCCGUUUUCAGAGAAAUCUGAAGAUCCAUUCUCUACAGGCUCGUGCAUGAAAUGCAGAAAAGAAUCGAUUAUUGCUGUACUUUAUAUUAUAAUCAUGUAAUUGAUUUGAAAUAUUUUAUAUAUACUUUGUCAAUGAACUACAUUCUUGAAACAAUGUUUUUAACUGUUAAUUGAUGUGAUUUCAUCUAUUUCAGUGAAUUCAGUUAACAGUUGUAUUUUGAGGUGGGGUGUAUGCAGUUUUGAAAAACAAUUGUGAACCCAUUUCUAAGAUCAAUAUUUUGAACUGAUAUGUGAUGAAUGAAUGAAUUAAAUGUUGAUUAAUACUCUUAAAGAGUAACAGUUUAAAAAUGUCAUUGAGUUGUCAGAUGUAACAGAACUUUCUAACAGAAUAAUGACUGUUUCCAAAGGAGGACAAAUUGCUACUAUUGUACAAACCAAGCGAAUAAAGGUUGUUUACACAGUCUGAGACUGAAAUAUCAUUUGAAAAAUAAAGUAAUUUUAUGAGGAA